AAAAAACAUAUUUUUAUCGAUCUUCGUUUACGAGUUCGUUCAAAAGACACAUGGCGAAAACGUCACUAGUUCAGUUGCAAGAUGGCGAACGUUCGGGAUAGUGACACAUCUUUGUGGCUCCACAAUAAACUCGGUACUUCGAAUGAUUCGUGGACAAGCGGCUCAAUUUGUACGCAAUUAAAUGCUGAAGUGUUGAAAAAUAUCAAGGAUUGUUUUCCAGAUUUGCAAACGCAAGUGAAAUUGAAAUUAUUGCUAAGUUUCUUUCAUAUCCCGCGCAGAAAUGUUGAGGAGUGGAGAAAUGAACUGGAAGAGAUCAUCGAAGUCGCAGCCGUGGACUCAGACCUCUGGGUGGCCAUGCUCGCAGAGACCCUUAAGACGUUUCCCUCAGCGGGCACUCUCAACACCGAGAUAGCGGAGUUCGAUGAGACCAGGCCUAUAUUCAGUGAUAUGAUCAGCGAGCUGAGGAGGGCUUUAGCUAAACACUCGGAUCUUGGACUGUUGCCGUUAGAGUGCCUGUAUUUAAAUAAGAAUGCUUUGGUUUCUGUGGUGGGCCAACAACCGAAUCCCGUAAAACAUUUCACACUGAAACGCAAGCCCAAGUCAGUGGCACUCCGUAGUGAACUCCUAGCCAAAGCAACUGAAGUACAAGCCAAUCAGAAGAAGGCUCAAGCACCGACCGUGCCUGUUCGCAGUAGAGGCAUGCCUAGGAAGAUGACUGAUACCACACCCCUAAAAGGCCUGCCGUCUCGUUUCGGCGGCGGGCGCGGCGGCACGUGGCGCGGCGCGGCCCGGCCGCCGCCCCGCGCCGGCAUCAAGCUGCUGGACAUCGCCGAGCAGCCCGCCACGCACGCGCAGAUCAAGAAGCGGAGGAAACUUGAAAUGGAGGAAGGUGCUAAGAAGGCAGCGGCGGCCGCCCCGCCCUCGCCGCCGCCGCCUGACUACGCUAAAGGACUCAACAACUACACCAUGCCUAAACCUGAGGAGAAUACCAACCCGGAGCCGAGCACGCCAGCGCCAGCGGCAGCACCGGCGUCGCCCGGCGCCGCCGCGGCCGACGCGCAGGACCCCGCCGACUCCGCGCCGCCCGCGCCCAGCCCGCUGCUCGUACAUGGUACCGGUGCAAAACCAAUAGUAAUAGGCCAACAACCCAAGCUACUGAUAGCAGGCCCAGCAGGAGGCAAACCUCUACUGCUGUCCACACAGAACCUGCUCAACACGUCCACCGUGAUCCUGCAGCCCGGCGGCAAGGCUGUGCUGCUGCAGAACAUCAAGCCCAUGACACAGUCGGUGGUACAGCAAGCAGCGCGGACGGUGGUGCCGGCCGUACACACGCAACCGCCUCUGCAACACCAGAUCGCGCAACCCGUACAGAUAGCACAAACAGUGCAACAGCCACAGGUAGUGCAAGCGGCGGCGCCCGUGCAACAGCCGCAGCAACAAGCAGUGCAACAGCCGCAACAGAACGUGCAACCCGCGCAGCAGCCGCUGUUGCCGCGUAGAGGACUCUCGCUUACGCGCGAACAAAUGUUGGAGGCACAAGAUAUGUUCCGCAAUGCGAAUCGCGUCACGAGGCCGGAGAAAGCGCUUAUACUUGGUUUCAUGGCUGGCUCCAGAGAUAACCCGUGUCCAAACCUAGGCAACAUAGUAACGAUAAAACUAUCAGAAAACAUCGAGAAUGUUCUACAGUCGGACGACACAUACCUCACCAUGUUGUCUGAAAUGCACUUCCAAAUGAACUAUAACAACGGCCAGUGGACGAGGCUCAAGAAAUAUAGGCAUAUAGAUGGCAUGGUGCCUCAGAAAAUACCUCCGGGCUCCACAGUCAUCUCAACCAAUAACCAACAGCCUAUAGUGUCAAUAGCCAAUCAGAGUGUUAGUUAAGUGACAGUGUAUGUGACGUUCAGUGAUUCAAAAAUGGAAUAUGUACUAAAGAAAAGUUGGAGGUUUUAUUUCGAAGUAAGUCUGAUUUUAUUUUUUUCGUUCUUUUUUUUAAAUAGUACUGGAUGAUGUGUCAAUUAGGUUUUUUUUUUGUAAAAUGGCUGGAUUUUCAAUUUGCUGCCUAGAAGAUAUUUACAGAGAAUUUUGCCUGGUUUUCUUUAAACCUAGUUGAAGGUAAAGAUUGUAAUGAUAAUCGUGUGUAUUAAAAAAUGUCGGGCAAUCAGAUUUGAGUUAUCUUAUUGGACAUGCAAAAUCGAAGUUAGAACGUCGUAACACCGCCAUAUUGGAAAAUGACUUUUUUAUGUUACAAGGUAUAAAAAUCGAGAUACAAGCUAGGGUUUACAUCAAAAUACUGCGAUUUGUCAAAGAGGACAGCAAAAUUGUUAUUUUUGAAAAAAAACUGUGUUCACAAAGUAAACUAUAAACUCAGGCUGUGAUUUCAAAUUAUAUUACCACUUAUUGGUUCACUGUUCGUCCCAUUUCUGUGUUCUAACGAGUUUCUUAUUCGAUCGUCAUUUAAAAUACCAACAAGAUUUUCAAAUUCCCUUUAAAUGAUGCCCUAUAAGAAGUGUUCGUAAAGAAAUAUUUUUUUGUAAUAUAUCAUGAUAAUUAGUAAUAUAUUGUUACAUUAAAUAAUACGAAAACACGAAUAAAAAAUAUACACAUUUAUUAUGUUUAUGUGAAUUCUUAUAAUUGUGCAAUUUCAAAUGAGAUGCAUUUUGAACUUUAUCGUCGAUGAAAUAAGGUUUUACAUGGAAAUAAUAUGGUGGUUUUGUAAUACAUAGACAUGGAGAACAAAAUGAAAAGCGGAGAUGUCAUAACGGAAAAUCUCCUAAGUAGCGCGCCAAAAUGCGGGUGUGCGGGGGGACGAGGAACGUUACUGUCUCCGGCCUUAUACGCCUUCUUUGGAGCCCGGCCGUUUUUGUUGAUUGUCUGAAGAGACCCGAACACUUCGUUAGUAUACUCGUAACUGAUAAUUUUGGUCACGCCCACCGUAUGUAUUCGACCUAGCAGAAGGCGCCUGACCAUCAUUCCUCCGCGUACCUAGUACAGUCGAGUCAUAGUACUUGUAUCGUUAUGUAAAGCAGAUAAAGUUCAAAGUUGCUGUCAUCAUGAAGUUAUAAGACAGAGCCAGGAUAAUUUAGCCAGAUGCGAGAAUUUUCCAUGUUUUUUUUUUUGUAAAGUGUCACUUGCGACCUUUUCCAAGUUGUAGGCCUGAUAUCAUUUUCAACGUCACUUUAUUUUAAUUGGCUUAUGUCAAGCUUUAAUUAACUUCUUGGCUUAUUUCGUUUUCAAUUUACUUAUAGAGAUGGCGAUUAGAAAAAAAAAACAAUUAAAUAAUCGACUAAAUACAAGUCAACAAAGUCGAAUAUUUAGAAAACUUUGAGUUCCUUCUCUAAAUAUAUUUUUUCGACACACUUCGCAAAACAUGCGGAUUUCAAUAACUUACCUAUCAAUUGAUUUGCAAGUUUCUUGUAAGCAAAUGUAUCGAUAUAUAGUUUAUUGGAAUUCGGCGUAAGUGUUGAUGAGUUUACGUGUUCGAAAGGUUUUGAAGAUAACUUUAAGUUGUGAUCUCACUGGGAUUUGACAUAGAAAUUGGACAUUAUUACUUUUCAGUAUAAUUUCUAGUGCCAAAAUGAGUUUCGGUAAAUAAAUCUUGAGUAAAACUAUUUGUGAAUUAGUUUGUAUUGUAAACUUUUAUGUAUAUUUAGAUUAGAUUUUUGUUUUCCGUAGAAUUGAAUAAUAUGAUAAAUAAAUAUAUGCCUACAGAGCCUUUCUAUGUAACUAAGGUUAGUUAUAUCAUUAAUAACUUGCAUUGUUUCGAUAGAGCGGCAAAGAUUAUGCCUCAUAUGAGUUGGAAAUGAGGCAAGUAGAUAUUUACAGCUGUUCAAAUAUAUUGCGUGCGUAACCAUUUGGAUUUUACAAAUAAAUUUGAUUAUUUCGAAUAAAUUCGAUUUGAUUGAAGGAAUACCAACUUUUUCGUUUUUAACAACGUACUUUUAGAUGUCUUGAUUAAAAUGUCUGCUCUAUCAAAAUAAUGCAAGAAUAUGCAGUUCGUGCCAGUUAACUUCGCUAUUCUGAAGUUAGACAUUUGACGCCUUACGCAUGGUAGUGUUUUGUUCAUAUUUUUAACACGCUUAUAUUAGCGUCACUUGUAGCUAUGUAUGUAAGAAAGUUUUGGAUUCUUAAUUUGUUUGACUAUAGUGGCUAACUUCGGACAAACAAAGCUUCUCUACAAGAUCUGUGCAAACAAAUUCAACGUGCAACGUCAAAUUCCUAACUUCAGAAACGCAAAUUUAUUUGGUGCGAACUAUUACAAGGAUGCGAGAUGGCAUGAGUCUGUAUUUCAAUGUGUAACAUGCUUUAGAUGUUAAAAGUUUAAUAAAUGACCAAUUGUGCGGAGUGAGAUAGUUAAUGUUCAUAUCGUGUUUAUUGUAAUGUACGUUCAAUGACGCGUCAAUUCACGCUGUGUUUUUAUGUCAGAAAUUGUACUUGACGACAAAAAAAAUAAAUUAUCUUGAAUAGCCUUUUUUGUGUUGAUGGGAAAUCUAAAAAUGACCCCUCUUGUGGAUGGUGCAGCGUGAGGGAUUGUCAGAAUUUAACUGACUAAAACCCACCAUGUUCCUUCUGGAGCCCUUCAUGUACCAGGGCCGCGGUAACUCGCGCGAACAAUCCCGCAGUCUCGAUAGGGUGUCAAAUUUAAUAGCCUACUGGCGGCAAAACAGCGAAAAAAUCACGUAUCUGCGACUUUAAUAAAAAAUAAGGCAUUUUGCAUGAUUUAUUGUAUGUAUAUUAUUUUCAUGGUAUUUUAGCAACUUUAGCGUUGUUUUGCCAAUAAGUAGUUCAAUGAAAAUUAUGUCUUGUACCUCGAAUAGGGGUCGAAAUAACCGCGUAUGCCUCGGAACGAGUAACGAAUUUUAUCAUGUUAAAUUUAUUUUCCUACAGCCUAUGUAUUCCUCUGUGAAAACAACAAUAAUAGUAAAUAAAUAAUUAAAUGUAAAUGAUUUUCUAAACAAUGUCAGAAAGUACUUUUAGUAAUAGAUGCGAUGUUUGUAUCGAUUUUGUAUGUACCAAAAUCAUUGUUAAAUAGUGGGACUGGGUCGAAGUUGUUUUGAUGCGGGCAUCGUGCCUUUGUAUUAUAAGCCUUAUAGAUAGAUUCAGAUUGACUGCGACAACAAUUUUUAUACAUUUAACUACCACUUUUUAUACAUUAAUUAAUCCCAAAUGGGCAGUGUCGAUAAGUCAUGACGUUUGGGUAGCCUGACCAUUGUCGUUUAAAAGUAUAAUUUGCAAAUAUUAUCGCGUCGAAAUUGAACUUCGAUUCAGUUUCACAGCUUUUGUUUCAUAUUGUUUUGGGAGCUAUUUCGAUAUUUUGAAGUCGAAGCUUUUAAAAUUAUCUAGACAAAAUUACAUUUAUUAAGCGGCUUCUCAAAAAAGGAGGAGGUUUUCAAUUCAGAUGUUUAUUUUUGUCUUUGUCACUCGAUUUCUCGAUGGACCGAUUUGGAAAUUUUCAUUUACCUCUAAAUGGUGGAUUUCGACAAAACAAUGUACCUAUUUAACCAUGCUGACUGAUUAUUUGGUGCAAUAACAACAUUUUUUAAGAGUUCAUCAUUUAGUCUUGAGGCACUCCUUUAUAUGUAGAUUAGUGAGACAUAUGUUUUCGAGCAUAAAUAUAAAAUAGCUUCCAAAAUGUUUGGUACUGAAGAAGAGUAAGCGAUUUAAGUUUUUUUUAUAUAUAAUAAUAAUUAAGUAAAUGUGUGUAUGCGUUCAGCGGGAACCGUGUUAUUUUAGUAUUCGCGUUAAAUCUAAGUUUUGUUGUACGAUGUUUUUUUUCUAUAGAUAUUUAAUAUCCACAUUGUAUAUAGUAGAUAGUACAAAAAUAUAAAAUGAAAAAGUUAAAAAAUUA